AGCUGAAUCAUACCACGUGGAGCCUGCUUUUUCCCCUGCCAACGAUCUCCCCUCGCACUAUUUCGCCCCAUGUCAUCUGCAUGCCGUAGUUUUUUAAAAAUUUAACAACAAUUCUUUUUUUGAAUAUAUUGUUCAUCUUUGAUCCCUCCGCCAGGGAGUUGUAAUAGGCGAGGGAGGUCGAAAGGGUCCCAUUCUUAUUGUUUUCGACGAUUAUUGUGAGGAGAAGGCAGUUGAAGAGUGUUGAAUGCAGCCAACACGCAGACGGCCUCUUCCAGGGCCUUCACAUUUGUGAUCUCCGCCUUCUUCUCUAUUAAUUCUUCUGCAUUUCCAUUUUUCAGAGUAAGGAGAAGGAUUAAACACAUACCCACUUGAUUACAGUAUGUCUACAAUGUCUACAUUUGCAGCUUGCAGAAUCGGGGCUCCUCAGGCUCCUUGUGGGCUGCUGGAACAGUCCCCAAAAGUGGGGUUGCUUCGUAAGGAUUUUAAUGUCUCCAAUCCACAUUUUUCUAAGAGUGUUUCCAAAAGCGUUUUGCAGAGGGCUUCUUGUUCUGCCAAGAGGAAACCUCGUGCCCCUGUCGCUGCAGUGGCAUCUGCCUCAGCGGUUGUUGAGAAGGUGCAAAGCAAGUCAGACCCGUUAAUCACGAGGGAGGAGGGCUUGGUGCUGUACGAGGAUAUGAUUUUGGGAAGAUCAUUUGAAGACAUGUGUGCUCAAAUGUAUUACAGAGGAAAGAUGUUUGGGUUCGUACAUCUUUACAAUGGGCAGGAGGCAGUCUCCACUGGAUUUAUUAAGGCUCUUGAAUCCCAUGACUUUGUUUGCAGUACUUACAGAGAUCAUGUGCACGCUCUCAGCAAGGGCGUAUCUGCACGUGCAGUAAUGAGUGAGCUUUUUGGCAAGACUACUGGUUGCUGUAGAGGGCAAGGAGGCUCUAUGCAUAUGUUCUCUAAAGAACAUGGUGUAUUGGGUGGUUUUGCAUUUAUUGGCGAAGGAAUUCCUGUUGCCACUGGAGCUGCUUUUAUGUCAAAGUAUAAAAGAGAAGUUAUGAAGGAUGAUAAAUCUGAUAAUGUCACUGUUGCAUUUUUUGGAGAUGGUACCUGUAACAAUGGCCAGUUCUUUGAAUGCUUGAAUAUGGCUGCCCUUUGGAAGCUUCCUAUUAUUUUUGUGGUGGAGAACAAUCUAUGGGCUAUUGGAAUGUCUCAUAUUAGAGCUACUUCUGAUCCAGAAAUCUGGAAGAAAGGACCAGCAUUUGGGAUGCCAGGAAUUCAUGUGGAUGGUAUGGAUGUGUUGAAAGUUAGAGAGGUAGCCAAGGAGGCUAUAGCCAGAGCAAGAAGGGGUGAUGGACCUACUCUGGUUGAAUGCGAGACAUAUAGGUUUAGAGGACAUUCUCUUGCCGAUCCAGAUGAGCUUCGUAAUCCUGCGGAGAAGGCUCACUAUGCAGCAAGAGACCCAAUUGUGGCUUUGAAGAGUUACCUAAUUGAGAACAAUCUUGCCAAUGAAUCAGAUCUUAAGUCAAUUGAAAAGAAAAUUGAUGAGCUGGUUGAAGAGGCUGUUGAAUUUGCAGAUGCAAGUCCUCUCCCCGAGCGUGGUCAGCUUCUGGAAAAUGUGUUUGCAGAUCCCAAAGGAUUUGGGAUUGGCCCAGAUGGGAGGUAUAGAUGUGAGGAACCAGGGUUUACUCAAGGCACAGCUCAGGUUUAAAUUUGGAUGACUAUGUUUUUUAAUUAUUUGAUUAAGCAUAAAGAUUGUUCAGGAUGGAGACUUUCAAUACUUAAAUGGUGAUCUCAAUGAUCAUUGGUAUGUAAAUGAACUUUCUCCAUGAGCUAAAUGAUGGUUGUUAUCUGUUCGAACAGCAUUUUUUUGAUUGAUUUUGUUUUUAGCUUAAGUUUGGAGUGACAAUAUGACAUUGUAGACAUGCAGCUCUAACAAAAAUUAAGUUAUUCAAUAGUUCUAGCUCUGUUCCAGAAUAAAUAGCAGUAUUGCAUUAUUUUAUCAA